CAUCAUUCACAGGAAACGAGCUGAAUAAAGCUGCUACUCAUGGCGAUAGCAACAUGCUUUGUGUGGAUGAAGCAUUAAGUUAAUUUCAAUCAUUUAGCAGCUGCCUCUCUGCCUUGUAACAUUACUACACUACUGCUCGUUUGUCCGUUAUUGCCAAACCUCAGAUACGCGACUUGCUGGAAGUUGGUUUAUAAUUGAAAGUUUUUACAAUACCAUGGCAAUGGUACACGUAAAAAUGGCUGCAUCUGUGACCAUUAUGCUACGUUGAUUUGAAUGGAAAUGGCCUUUCUAUCCAUUUCAUUUCUAUGAUUGUAGUACAACAACAGGGACAGCAAAUUGAAACUCUAGACUCUGCCAUCAUCCCCCAACCAGCUUCUGCCCAAUUAGCUGAAUUAAUAGCAUUAACCAAAGCUCUAGAAAUAGGGAAAGACAGAAGAGUAAACAUUUACACUGACUCAGCAUAUGCGCAUGGCGCAGUACACCUAGAUGACCCACAAUGGUUAAGAAGGGGAUUCCUGACUAGUUCAAAAACACCAGUUAAACAUGCCAGUGCACUCCAAAACCUUCUCAGAGCCAUCCUGCUCCCUUCACAGAUAGCAGUAAUGAAGUGUAAAGGACACCAAAAUUCAACCUCAGCUGUAGCUAAAGGUAAUGAUGCUGCAGACAAAGCAGCUAAAAAGGCAGGAGGUUACAACAGACAAUUGGUAUGUCUGCAGGCAGAAAACACCCCUGAACUAACUGAAGAAUACAUAGAGAAAAUGCAGGAACAUGCAGGUGUCUAUGAACAAAACCAGUGGCUCAUAAAAGGUGCAAAGAAGUCUGACAAAGGUCUUUGGAGAUCACAUGAUGGUCGCUUGGUGGCACCCGCAAAACUCUGUCAUUUGUUAAUUAAAGAAGCCCAUGGACCUACCCAUGUUGGCAGAGCAAGAACCACCAAAGAAGUGGAAACUCACUGGUGGCAUCCAUACAUGAAAGAAAUGGUGGAAAACGCAAUAAACGACUGCGAAAAUUGCAAUGCUCACAAUGAUAAAAGACCCUACAAAUGCCCAAUGGGACGUUUUCCAGUUCCAGAUGCUCCAUUCAAAGAAAUUUGGAUAGACUACACAGACAUGGGAGCAGAUAAUGUAGUGAGGGGACACAGAUUCAUUUUGGUUAUGGUAGACCGUUAUACCAAAUGGAUUGAAGCCAUACCAUGUAAGAAAGAGGAUGCAAACUCAGUGGUAAAAUGGCUAAAAAAUGAACUUAUACCAAGAUAUGGGGUCCCCAGAUGCAUUAGAUCAGAUAAUGGAACGCACUUCACCAGCCAGAAGUUGAGUGAAGUAGAAAAAUAUUUUGGCAUUGCACACAAGUUUGGCUCAGUGUAUCACCCCUCUUCACAAGGGUUGGUGGAGCGCGCUAACCAAACUUUAAAGAGAAAAAUUGCUAAGGCUUGUCAUAACACCAAAAUGAACUGGGUAGAUGCACUGCCCCUAGCACUAAUGUCUAUGAGGUCUUCACAGAGCAAUACAACUCAUCUGUCUCCUCAUGAGUUGUUGACAGGCAGGCCUAUGCCAGGGCCACCCAGAGAUGGCGGUAUAGGCCCAGUUUUAGAUUUGUGGCAGAUAGAGGCAGACGAUUACAUGAGGGCGCUCACUAAUCUCACUCGAGUCUUGUCUUCACAGGUCCAAGCAGCCACCGAAGCACCGCAGAGCGGAACAGAGCCUCCUGUAGGGCCUGGAGACUGGGUGAGGUUGCGAGUUCACAAGAGAAAGUGGGCCGAACCAAGGUGGACAGGUCCGUGGGAAGUGAUUGAACGCUCAACCCACGCCCUGAAAGUUAGAGGUAAAACAGGAGCUAAUUGGCACCACCUUACACACUGUACACCCGCUCAGGCCCCCUCCCGACCACUAGAGGAGGUUAGAACUGAUUUGGCCACGCUGUGAAUAAAAAGUAGAUUUUUAAUUGGAAUAAUGGUGAUUUUGGAAUAGAAACAGCAAAAUCAGAAAAUCCCUUUCUGAUAGUAAAAAAGAAAAAGAAAAAAAAAAAAAAAAAAAAAAAACUUCUAGGAACCUUUUUGAAUUUUUUCCCUCAAAGUUACAAAAUAUUCAAUUUUUGUAUUUAAGUUUCAGCAUUAGAAUAAAAUGGAGGACAAAAGGGGGAACAAAUUAAGGCUCCUAGAGGCAUGUGGAAUAAGAGAAACAGUAGCAACAAUAGUCAUAACCAUUUCCUUAGUUGUCACAUUUGUCCUAAGUUUCCCCGCUGAAAAUAAAAGGUCACAAGAGAAUUAGAAGAUCCUACAGGAUUGCCCAACCCAUAUUGACGCUGCAUUUUACUGAACACAGCACCAGAUGGCUCAGUCACACGGGCAUUACAAGGACUUACCACCUUAAGUGAAGAGUUUGCUGAAAACAGUGGUGUAGAGACACCAUUUGAAAUCUUCAACUCAAUGUUUGGGCAGUACAAAGCUUUCUUCCACAGCAUCAUCAUGUCGAUAGCAAUAAUGUGUGCAUUACUUGUGCUAUGUGGAUGUUGUUGCAUUCCCUGCAUUAGAACUUUAGCAAAUCGGCUUAUAACCACAGCUUUAACUAAGGAAAAGGAGGGACAGUUUCUGCUAAGAAAAGCACCUGUAGCACCUUGGAUAGAAGUUGAGGAGUCAGAUAAUGAGGUCGAGGAAGAAGAUGAAUCUUUUGUGUAAUUAUUUACAUCCUGAGUUAGCCAUCUACCAUGAAGUAUUCUCUACAUUCGUCAUUAAUGUUUACAUUUUUCUAAUUAUAAUUUUUGUUAUGUACAAACUUUAUUUUGUCUAUAGUAGGUUUCACACCAAGUAAGGUGUGAAAAAGGAGGGACUGUUGAAUAAAAUAAAGUUUAAAUGUUUCAUUACCAUGUAAUUAUACAUGUUUUAUGUUUUAAGAUGUAUGCUGCAGUAGGGUUUGAAAAGAUGAUUUUAAUCAGUGGUGUGGGGUCCAUAUCAUGCUGUGUAAUUACCAUUGCCUGUCUCAAGAAAGGUAGAUCAAACAAGCCUUUCUGUUCACUCACCUACCCCCCUCUCUCCCACGGUCUCUGCCAUAUGGCUUAGAACAAAAGACAAUUAACAUUAAGAAGGACACCGUUUCUUCCACAGGAAGGAAGAGACCUCCUGUCUUCCACCACCUGGUGUCCUAGACUGAGAUAAGACACUGGAGUGCUGAUUCACUGUAUUAUGUUAGACUUUCUCACUAACAUGAUAAUUCACGUUUGAUCUAUGUGUGUGAAAACUACCCCAAAGGAGGGGGUUAGAGCAUGUCCUUCCCAAUUGGACAGCGAAGAAACCAACAAAACACGACCUACCUGUGACCAUGGCAACAAAGAGCCAAUAAGAAGAGACUUUACUCACAAGGGGGAAGAGAACCGCCCCUGGAGUAGAAGGAAUAUAGGAGGGGGGAGACGAGAUUUCGGGGCAGAAAAAGAUGUGUAACUCUCGGGUGUAAACAACUUUUUCUAGUCCGCU